UUGUGCUGAGUUCAGACCAUAGACUAUGGACCGUUCAUCUCCUGAAGGAAAAGCAAUCGAGCGUGGCUCACUCGAGCAGCCUGUCCUCAAAGCAAACGAGGGACAGGAUAAGAUGGCAUCCACCGAGCAACCUGAUCCUCCAACACAGCCUGGCCUUCCACCUGGAGAUGAUGCUGCAGCUCCCCCCAGAGAAGCACUGAUUACCACUGCUGUAAAAUUUCUACAGAACCCAAAAGUACGUCAGAGUCCCUUGGCCACCAGAAAAGCCUUCUUAAAGAAAAAAGGGCUGACGGAUGAGGAGGUGGAGUUGGCCAUCCAGCGCUCCGGCAGCACAGAAGAGGUCCUGCCUCUGAGCCCUGUGGGGCCCCCACAUCCACUCCAUGCAACUCAGCUGGCUCUUGCACCACAUAGUCCAGCAGGCUACAGAUUGAGAGACUAUGGAGCCCUUGCCAUCAUCAUGGUGGGCAUCACCUUUGGCUUUCAUCAGCUUUACAAAAAAUACAUCCUUCCCCUCAUUAUGGGCAGCCGAGAGGACAAGAAGCAUCUGCAGAGGAUGGAGAGCAACAUUGCAGCAAUGAGUGGCACGCUGACACAGACAGUCAGCCAGCUGCAACAGACCCUGGUCUCCGUCCAGGAGCUCCUGAUCCAGCAGCAGCAGAGGAUCCAAGAGCUCUCGCAGGAACUGACGUCAGCAGAGGCAUCGUCUUCAACCAACCGCGUCCUGGACAACCAAACAGUUGGCGAGCUGAAGGCUGAGAUCGCCUCUUUGAAGGGCUUACUGCUCAGCAGGAGACAAUUCCCGUCCACUCCCACCAUUCCUAAAAUCCCCUCAUGGCAGAUUCCCCUGAAGCCACCCUCGGCCCCCGGCUCGUCGCCAGUCAACCACACCAACAGCAGCAGCGACAUCUCCCCCGUCAGCAACGAGUCCGCCAGCUCCUCCCCCAUCAAAGACGGACACCACAGCCCCCAGGAUGCACUGGGAGGGCCUGAUGGAGUGAAUGGUAUCAACAAAGAUGACAGCACCGUGGGCGUGGGCACAACCCUGUCCCUGGACCUGAAGGAGCGCAUGGAGGUACAGGGGGAGGAGGAGGAGGAGGAGGAGAAGAAGGAGGAAGACGACGACGAGGAGGACGAUCUCAGCCACGUAGAGGAGGAGGAGGAGGUGGAGGAGGAUGGUGUAAGCAUGCAGACAGUGGAUCGGCGAGGUGGGGAUGGACAGAUUAACGAACAGGUGGACAAACUGAGGCAGCCCGAGGGUGCCAGCAAUGAGAGUGAGGUGGAUUAGAUAACAGUAGAAAGCACAAAGACGCUCUCCAAACACCACUUCUCAUCUCUGCCGACGGCUUUGUUUCAUUCUGCGCCUCUCCGAUCACCCUUUUUUUUUUUUUUUUUUUAUUGUUUUGUUUUUAAAUCUAUCUUCACUGUCUGUUCCCACUUGUUUCUCUAACAUCUUAAUCUUGAGCAAAAUGAGGAGUAGGCGUGAGAAGACGCAAAACUGACAAAUAUUGGAGUGUCUAGUUGACACACGGCUUACCUCGGUUUACUUUUCAUCAUGCAGACUAAAUGACUGCAUGCUGAGCCAAAUACCAUGGUGAAGGGAGAAAUGACGAGCGACAGUCAAAGCAGACUUUAUGAGGCUGAAUGCAGUACUAACUGUUUGUGACUGACUGCUUUUAAUUUUAUGAUUUGAUCAGAUAAUUCACAGCUUUGCCUUGGUGUCCUUGUAAAUGUACUACGGUUCUAAUAUAAACCAAAGAGGCAGCGCUGCACGGCAUAUCUCUCCUGUAUAGUGCAGCUGUAGGUCAGGAGUCAUAUGUUGGCACUUCAGUCUCAAAGUUACCGUGAGCUCCCAGAGAAGCAUUAGCAGAGUUUGUCUCCCUGUUGAUGGCAAUAGGAGAGGACAAGCUCUUCCCGGGCCGGAGCUUUUAGCCUCUUUUAUGUGUCCUUUCGCAUUGGUGUCAGUCUGUCAAUAAUUCACAAGGCCAGCAGGGUGGCAUUUGGGUGAAAUAAAAGCCCUGAAAUUCGAGAUUAGAAUGUGAUGACGGGCUUUGUUCCAUGCCGGUGUCAGAGUGCUCAUACGCUCAAAGCAGGAGAAGAUAAAUGUUUUUUCCCCCGCUUUUCCCUUUUUCACCGAGGGGCUGAAUUGUGCAUCUUUUUUGCGAGCGCGUUUGCGCGUGGCAGUCGAGAAAACCCAGACCGGCUGCUGAGCUGUGUCUGCGUCUCCAGCAGGGCAGCUGAUUUGGUUUGUGAAGUAUGUUAAUAAUCAAAUGAUCAACAAAUAACAGAUGUAUUAGUUCAUGCAGCUUGAAAUGUCAAGGAGGCUAAAAGCGGAAAUCUAAUACAGAAAGCCCAGUUGCAUUGCAUUAUUUUCCGUGACAAACCCUGCGGUCCAAAUUAUGUAGGGCCUCCUACAGUGAGUAAUCUUUACAGAAAACGGCGCCAAUAUUUUAUAAUUAAGCUGCAGUAAGACAACGAGGGCUGCCACAGAUGGAAGUUGCAGAACUUGUAUCACUUUUCUCAGUGUGGAGGUGGAUGGGGGAAGUUAGAAAAAAACAAAACAUUGCCCCGUGAUUGAAAAGGAAAGUAAUAAAUGAAUACUUGACUUAUUGAAUUACUCACUCUGUACUCACUGUCUCCAGCUAACAAGAAGAGUCCAUGAGUGAGAAGAAGGGAUAUCAGCUCGGUGCCAUUUCCACCUCCAUCACAUGGCCUUCAUAGGAAGACAGAAAAGGUAGAGGGGCACUGCUCAUUUCUCUGUGAAACCCGUCUUAACCUACAGAUCAAGUCGGGUGAUGUUGAUUGAGUUUCCUGUUAAAAUGAGGAGUCAUCAACACUGCAGGAUGCUGUAAACUAUAUUUUUUUGAUUUUGUAGAGAUGAAUUUGUAUGGAUGAAUAAGGUUGGUUUAAAGAAGAACAUAAUCAGGUGGUGUAACUUGUGCUUCUUAGCCACUGUAGAACCAGUAAUUGGUCCUCUCUAUAACCUGCUGAUUACUGUCUGUGUGUAAUAAAUCUGCUUUAUCUCAAGUAGAAUCUCUUAUAUUUUUAUUUUAAACCCACUGUACACUCAAUACAUGCUGCUGUAUGUUACUAUUAAAGUCUAAAUCUAGUAUUACAGGGAUUUUCCAUGUUUCUAUUUGGCAUACGUAUAUAUUUUGAAACACACACAGCAGUGAUACUUGUGUUGCAGUAAAUAAGAAGGUUUCAGGUCUAAACAUAAUUCAGUAAAAUAUAAAUUCUGUGUCUGCCCAUCCUAUAAACAUUAAUAAAAAAAAAAUGCACAAUAACAAACAAAAUCUAGGUUGUGCAGUCAUCAUUUUAUUUGAAUGUCUCUGAGAUGGUUUUUUUUGAAUGUGGUUGUACAUGUACAGUUGCAGGAUUGUUUUCUGUAACAGGCAUAUCAAGUAACAAUUUGUAGUAUUUUUUUCUG